CUGUUUCUACAUAGUGCAGCGCGAAAGACGAAGCUGAAACCACGAAAAAGGACUCUUUCUUUGGCUUUCCCUUUACCUAAAAAGGAUCCUUUCAAAACGCCGCGUCUCGGAAGCCGCACCAGCUAACGGAAUCAUUACGGCAAGGUCGAGGAAACAAAAAGAGCGAAAAUCGUAUCAGGAAUUUGCAAAAUAUGGUAGUUUGCACGUACUUUCUUAGCAACACCUGCCGUUUUGGGUCGAGAUGCAACAACGAGCAUAUCGAUAUAUGCGCGCUCGUCAAAAAUGAAGUCGAGGUCACGCUCAAGGGAAAUCAAUGGCCGUUAUCGUGCUUCGGGCCCUUCAAAGAUCGCAAUUCCAUCCCCAACUUCAUCGAGGAUCAAAGCUUCGAGGAGAUCCGCAUGAUGUACUUGGAGGCAAAAAUGCAUAACAACAUUCCGGCCCAUCAGAUGCAGCUGGCGCAGAUGAUCAAUGAUGCGAAGGGCAAGUUGCAACGGUUGGCCACGAUGAGCCGGGACAUCCUUGGCACGCUGGUGGAGCUGUACAACCAGCAGGAGUCUAGCACAAAACCAACGGCAGGCGGAAACCCAUUUGCCUCGAUCGGAACCUUCGGCGGAGCACCGGGUGGAACGGCCACGGCGAGCAUUUUUGGAACCGCAUCCAGCGGUGGCACCUUUGGCAGUGGUCCCGCCACCGGUGGUAGUAUUUUCGGUGGAGCAUUCUCUGGCCAGGCUACUCAAUCUACGGGGAACAUAUUCGGCAGUGCUUCCACGGCAGCAAGUGCAAACCCCUUUGCCGCGGCCACCCAACAACAGCCCGUUGCUGGAGGAAGCAUUUUUGGAAUGGCCCAAACACCGCAACAACCAAGUAACAGCGUGUUCGGUGCUCCACCGGUGUUGGGAAGCGGAAUCGGUCUAUUCAGCAACGUACAGCAACCUGCAGCGGCUACGGGGAACAUCUUCGCCGCGGUAGGGCAACCGGCGGCGCCAACCGGAGGCAACAUUUUCACCCAAACUCCCUCUCAGCAACCGGCUUCCAUUUUCGGGCAACAGCAGCAGCAGCAGCAGCAGCAAGGCGAUAUGUUCGCUAGUGUUGGCUUCAGCUCCGCUCAACCAUUAUCGGGAGGCAGUCUGUUCAAUGCCGUCCCGUUCGGUUCUGUUCCAGCACCAUCUCCAUUCGGACAAUCUGCGAUUCCCACGAACUCCGCCGCACAGAGCGUAUUUACACCAGCCCCAACCGCUGCUCCGACUCCGUUUGGUUCGUCCAUGGCGGGGGGAUCCGUUUUUGGUGGGGCCGCACCAGCUCCCGGACCUCAAUCGGCCACGAUGUACAGCAAGCUGGAGGAGAUUCCGGCCGAUUCCUUGGCCGCCUUCAACGCCGACCAGUUCCAGUUGGGGAGGAUUCCGACGAUGCCCCCACCCAAAGAGUUAUGUCACUGAUGUAGGAAAUAAAUUAAAAAG